AGUUCUACCGUGCGUGGGCAAGAAGGAGGAAGCAAAGCCAGAUCUGGUGAGGAGUGCUUGAGAAGAAUGCAGCCUUGGUAUGGGUGGGGAUGGGAGCUGAGCCUCGAGCUACCAACGUCGGUGAGAAGAUGGGUCUGAUAUUUUCACCACCUGGGUGAUGCUAUGUGUGAGCCACCAGCUCCCAGGGAAAUGAUAUCUCGUGUGGAUCAGUGGUUUGAAGGCAGUGCUGCUUGCUGUGCAGCCACGUGAUUUAAUGAACACUUUGCUCAGCAAUGUCUGGAGCCAGGAGGAUUGCAGAAGUUCAGCCCUCCCGAAGUGGAGCAGGCUUUUCUCCAGGAAGUGUGCACACAUGGCGCAGUGAAGCAUGGCAGGAUUUGUUACUCUUUUUUAACUGUUCACUAGCAGUUGCUCUGAUAUUUGACUGACUCAAUUCCCAGCUUUUGGGUUCCCUCCAGCUUUUCUGUGAGCCCCAGGAAGGUGCACCCCAGCCUUCCCUCCUAUGCUGUCUCCCAAGCCUGUCUCUUUUGGCCUAGAAACCACAGUGCUUUGGGAAGGUCCAUCUGGCUGUGAAUCCCAUCCUGCUUCCAUUCUCUGGAGCACAGUAGCCAGCAGGAAACCUUCUCUUCCCUCAGUAUCAGAGCAGCCUCCUGUUGAGAGCUGGGCUGCAGUUCCCACCCCGUUAUCUCCAUCUCUGUGCCUUGCUGUGACCAUUUGCUCAACAUCAUCCUGGAGAUCUUUGCUCACCCCUUUGGAUUCCUCCAGCCCCGCUGCUGAUGCACAGCACUGACUCAAGUAUUCACCACGGCUCGUUUGAUGCAGCUUCAGGAUGUGUACUCACUGAACCCUGGCUGAUGGAGAAGGAAGAGCAGAGCCUUCAACUGUGCCAACUGCUCCAUCCGAAGCCCUCCUUGAGUCCAGCUGUGGACCCCUACCCUCCAAAAAGCAACCUGAGCUCCUGCAGCGGAGUCUGUCCCCGAUGGGGAAACAGCUUAGAGUAACUCUAGAGGGUUAAAAAAAAAACCACAGCUCUGAAACGAGCCCGGGGGAAAAGUCACAUGCACAGGGGAGGUUUUGCAAGUCAGUGCUUGUGGCGCGGGGUGAUGGGAGCGCAGAGCUGCGGGCGCUCGCCUGCGCUGUGCAUCCCAGCAGUGGGACCUCCCCAACCUGCAGGGCACAGUGAUGGGCGGUGCGGGGCAGUGAGGAGGAGGAGGGAGCAGAGUCUGCACCCCAGGAGCACGGCUGGAUGAGAAAAUGCUGCCAUGCUCAUGGGAAGCAGAAUCUCCAGGGAGUCACCAGUGGGAGUCUGAGUGAGGAUUUCACAGCCUGGUCCCCGGUGAGGAGAGCGAGCUGCCUGCUGCCUGGUGCUGUGAGAUAAGGGAGAUCUGAGAAACACUGAAUUGCUGACGCUACAGCACAAAGUUCUUAAGGAGCGGUGCCUUCAGCAUGGCCUAUAAAAGCCAGGAUGGUGGGGUUGAGAAAAACAGCUCGCUUUCCUCCGUCCUGUAUUGUAAGAGUGAUUCGAAGGAAGGAUCCCCGCAGUGGGUGAAAGAACCCCGCAAUGGCCAGGUGCUCAUGGUUCUCAGCAUGGACAACACCUGCUCAUCUGCCUCCUUCGACAUGGAGCUUUGUGCAGAGAAACUCCAGUCCCUGGGGGUUCAGGCAGCAGCAGGUGAAUGGAGGAGGCUGAUCGAGGAGGCAGUCCUGAAGCCCGAAGUGAGGCGAUACCUCUUCUACAACUCCAGGGCAUUCCAGAUAGCCAUUGCUGUGAUUUUCUACAUGUCUCUCUGGAUAAACAUUUACACCACGGUCCAGCUCUGCUCCUUUGGGCACUACUGGGAGGCCAGCGUGCUGGUGACUCUGGCUGCUGUGGCUGUCACUGUGGUUGUGAUCCUGGUCAUCGACCACCGCCAGAGAAAGCUGGGCUGGCGGCACAGACUGGACCAGCUCUGUGUGGUGAUGGAGGUGGCUGUUCCUGCAGCAGAGGACACUUCGUGCGAGGAAUCACCUCUCCUAUCCGGUGGGGAGAGCUUCAAGAAAGAGUCCAUGAUGUGCAAUGAGCUGCUCCACCUCAUCCCUGAGGGCCCCCCAGAGGUGAUGGCCCAGCAGCUCCUGGUGAUCUUCAGUGCCUGCUACGUGCGGCUGCUGGUCAGUGGCCGGCUGCCCCGUCCUGUGCUCUCUGGGCACUUGGAGGGCAGCAGUGUGCCCUGCCCAUGCCAGUUCAUCCAAGCCUCUGUGCUCAGCACAGGGCGCUGCUGGCUGCCGGGCAGAGGGCUGCGGGGGGCUGAAGGGCAAGCACAGCAGUGUGAAGAGGCAGAGAAGGCUGUCACCACUCAUCCUGGACUCUGGAAGAAGGAGUGGAAAUAGGACUCUAAUAAAGCAUGCAAACUUGCCAUGCAUUCGUUACUGCUGUGCUGUAAGCCCACAAGCCAUAGCAGCGGGGUGUCACUGGUUCGCUGUGCACAGGGGUGGUACAAACCAGGCUCUCAGACUCCGUGCUUUGGCUGAUUUUACCUUCUUGGAAGCAGUCUGAAUGCAAAGUCAGUGGGAGCACAGUUUGUUUUCACAGUAUACAAAUUGGAUUCACUGCUGGGAUGCAAUGGCUUGUGCAUUAGCCACGUGAAGUGCUUCUUGGUAUGGAGUGCUGCUUGGAAAACCUCCUGCUGGGUCAGCAUGAGGGAAUCAGGCCAGGCUUAGAGCACAGGACUCUCCAGCAGAGCCUGAGGAGCAGACAAAGCUCAGCAGCUCCCAUGCUGUGUUCUGGACACCACUGUUGCCCCCACAUCCCAGAGAGGGACAUGGCAUCCCCGGGGAAGGCUGUGGUGUCUGCAGGGAUGGAUGCAGCCUCUCUUAUCCACAGCGACAGGAGGCUGCCAUGGACCCUUCGUUACUGGUAGCUGAGACAGCUUCCCUAAUUGCAGUAAGCACCUAGCAAUUAACUGGUGUUAAGCGUUGAGAAAAACUUAGCUUUAAUCAAAGGAGGAGUUUGAUUCCUCUUGCUAAUGCACCCUGGCACCUACCAUGCUCUGGCCUUAUUGCAAGGCAGAUGGUUAAUGCCUCACUUUUCCUUCCUGUGCUCGUAAUUAAAGCAUCAGUGAUGAGAGACAUCCCUUCCCCCCUCCCAAGGAUACAGUUGUUAUUCUAUGGGAAAUGUGAUAUUCUGGAGAGUUUACAGGACCCCCAGGCACACAGCUCCCUGGUACAUGGCAGUGCAUUCUGUUACCAGCAGAGUGCCAGGUGAUGUGAAGUCACAAAGGUCCUCCUAGAAAGACGUUGCUCAUGGGGUAUCAGUGCCACAGUAGGGUAUGGCUGCAUGGCCCUGCUUUUUGCCCCAGAACAAAUCACUCUGUGGGCUGCUCCACGGGGCUGAGCGGUGGCACUCAAUGCUGCUGGCAGCACAGAGUUCCCAAUUGCUGGGCCAUGUAGCUUUGGGCUGAGGGGAAGGGGACAACAGUUGGUGAAUGGCAGCAGUGCAUCACAGGGGUUGUACCAACGGCCCUCCCCAUGCUGCCCAGAGCCCAACCCCAUGAGAUGGGAGCCCUGCUUGGGAGGGUCUGCCAGGAGAUGCCGAGUCUGUGAUAGGGUGCAGCCAAAAGGAACAGAAGAAAUGGAGUUCAUCUAAUGGGCUGAAGGAGUGGUGCUUGGGCUGGUAUCCUGGCUGUGAUUCAAGCCACUCCAUGAUCAGACUUUCUCCCCAGAUAAGCCGAGGCCAUAAAAUAUGCAGCGUAUUUGCCAUGCAGAAAUCCCACUUAUGCUCUCUUGAGGUUUCCUUACCAUUGAUAAUUACUCAAACCGUUUUCUCUGGGGCUCAGCAAAGCUGUCCUUCCCAGCCUGCCUGCCUCACUCUCCUCUGCAUUUUUGCAUCCGUGCAGCCCGGUUCCUCCUCCUCCUGUGGGGAUGGAAUAUGGCUCCAUGGUGUGUUUGAAGCAUGGGGAGCUGGAAGCUGAGCAGACCUAAGAGCCAGGUGAAUUCUGAAUCCUGUUUUCUUAGGCCGGAGCAAUGUGCUUCCUAUCUCCAGUUGCUCCUCAAUGAACUGAGCUCCUACCUCAAUGACCUUGCCUCAGGGCUAAUGGGAAGCAGGCACUGCAUCUCACAGCACUGCAAACCCAUGGCCUGGGCUGCUGCGGAAGAAAGUGCAAGAUUUAUGGUGUGAGAUAGAAAGGAGAUAACAUCACGUGGUCUUGUUCCGGUGUUUCAUGUUGGGUGGUUUGAGAAAGCUCUGAUGCACAGGGCUGAAAGCUGUAAUUUGGCACAGAGAGCUUUACAUCAGCGGGAGCCCUGCUGUGCUUUUGUGCAGUGCCAGUGAAAAGCAAGGGCAUGAAUGAAUGUGAAUCACAGAAUGGUUUGGGUUGGAAGGGACCCCAAGGAUCAUCAAGUUCCAACUCUUAAAAGCAUGGGCCACGAUCUUUGCUCUUAAUGCUUAAUAAUAACUCCCCAUCACAUCACCAGACAGCACUGGAGCCUCCAGGAAUGCGUGAUGCAAGAUCUGUAAGUGUGGUAAAAUUCAAGUCAAGGAAAAAAUCCAAACCCUACACAUCCUCCUGCUGCUGCCCCAAGUCCUGCCCCAAACCCACAGCCAUCACUCCUUUCUGGAGGACACAUCCUCCCAUCACAGAGGCUUUGACAGGACAGGAGCAAAUGGCUGCAACACAGCUUUGUGUUUUAGCAAGGAGAGCUGGAGGGUUGAGCUUCUCUUCCAAAGCUUUGCUUACCAAGCCUUUGGUUUCCCCCACUCCAAAACUAACGCAGGUAGGCGUUGCCCUUUGCCCAAAGCGAGCCAUAGAACUGGUGUGUCCCGCUGUCCCGGCUGUGCAGGCACAUCCCUCUAGAUGGUGCUAAGCUAAAGAGAAAAGGGUGGCCUUGGAGCGCUGCCCUGCACUGUGCACCUCUGCAUGUUGGGCACCGCCAGGUCUGGGAUGGGAGAACAACAUCUGCUCACUGUGUGUUCCCAUGCAUCCAUUCUCGUGCUCUCCUAUGGCUCCUGAAGAUAUCCCUCGAGCGAAGGUAACGAGAGCUGUUACAAAGAGCCAUGUGGCCACUACAGCAUGGACUAAAUGCCUGUUUUCCCAAAGGAAGGCCACCUCAAGAGCUCACAGCCAGGCUGCCAGAGAAGAGCAGUGGGGGAUAGCUGUGCAGGAAAGAGCUUACCAGUCAGCAAACAGAUUUUGUUUUGGAUGGGCAGUGAGUAUGCUACUGAAACAGAGCUAUUGUUAGAAAAGGCUUAUUUUUGAUCCUAUGUUUUUCUUCUCACAAAGUGCAAAUAGGAGAAGAGCAUCCCAAUUGACACUAAGAGCAGUGUGAUGGUGCAACACUGUGGGGAGAGGAGAGCUGAGCUCCUUGUUCUGCAGAGACAAAGGUGUUUGUGCACGUUGGUCCCAUUGAUGCAUGACUGGGUGCUUUGGGAACAGAUUUUGUUGAUCUCCAGUAUAGGUCUGUUGGUGUCAGCAGUGAGUGCAGCUUCUAUUCCUACAGCAGAGGAGGAAAGCUUUGGCCAAGUUUCCCUUCCAAAAAUGGCUCGUUUCCAUUCAUGAUGAGCCCAGAAACUGGAUUAAGAGCUCUAGUAUUUGAAAUCCAUAAUCUGGAUAUGGUUUUCAGAACAGUUCAGCCCCUUUGUAAGUGGUAAAUUAUGCUCAUAAGAGCUCAGCACUUUGCCUUGAGCAUCCGGAUAUAAAAUGCAAUGAUUAGUGUAAAGUUCAUCACCCAGCACUCCGGUAUUGUGGGAAAACCAUGGUGAUGAUCAGAGGUGAUGGGAGACCUGAGCUUUUCAGAAGGUCAGAUUCCUCAUUUUCUUCUUUCCUUUCCAAGAACUGCCAGCACCUCCGAGAUACCUUGCCCUCACGUUAAUCCCUGGGCAUCCUCCAGACAACCUAAUGCCCCUCAAAGCUCUCAGAGCUACGGACAUUUCCCAUGACCCCAGCACACUGCCUUGUGAUGUGGCAGCAGCGAAAGGCAUAGCGUGCAGCUGUAAACACGGGGCUGCUGCUGUUUACUUCAGCUCUGAACAGCAGCCACAAACAGGCCGGGAUGGAAAACUGCAUUGGCGUCACCAGGAAUGGAAGCGUCAGCAAAUGUCAGCUACUCCAAACAAAGCUGUCCUCACAAUGCCCAGCCUGCAGGGAAUGGGAUGGUGGCAGUGUGCUGGAGGCUGCCUGGUGAGGCUGCCUGAGAAUGCAAUCACCAGACAGGAGAAGGCGUUUUGGAGCCAAAGUUGGCGCGGUGUUUUUCCAGGUGCUUCAUUCUUGGCAUCAGCAGUGGGGGAUUCCUGCUGAAUCGAACAUUCCUCAGGUGGGACUGGCACGUAGCACCUUGACGACCUCUUUGCCAGUGUACAGGUCUUGUUUUGUGGCAGGCCGAUGCCACCAGCUGCACAGGGCUCUUCUUACCAGCCUGGAUGCAGCAGUUGCAAAAAGCACAGCAGGUUUCUGAAGAACUGGUCCUGGCAUCUGUAAGUCAUGCAGAGGUGAAGGUGAUCACCAACACUGCAUGGCAAACCCCCUGGCACAGUCUGGCGGUGCCUUUCCCAGCCCUCAUUACUCAGCCCAAUUUUCUUGCAGCUGUGCCUCUUUUUUUCACAGCACUGUUUUCCUGCAGGAGGAGGUUUGUGCUGUGCAGUUCUUUGCCUUCUACCCUCUGCCCACUCUGUCUCCUUGGUCACCAUCCAACUUCCAGCGAGUUCACGAUGCAAACUAAAACUGGCUGCUGAAACAACUUGCAAAUGCAAAUCUGCAUUUUCUGUCCAAGCUGUCGUUGUGUUUUCCCCCAGUGUGGGCAUCAGCAGCAAGCAGUAUGCACCAGCACCAAGCUGGGUGAGAGGUGGAGUCCCCACCCAUGGAGCAUGAAAGGAAUGUGAUACAAACUCCUUCCCACCGGCAUCUGGUGUCACAUCUCACCACAAGUGAGAAAUCCCAACUUCAGGAGAGGAAAUACUGUUUUUUUUUGCCUACUUCCAAAAGUUGUAUUUGGAUCCUUAAAUAUGCGAGCUGAAAGUUUUCAUUCGACACCCUUGGCUACUACUGAUGUGUGUGCAAUAGCCUCAUGUGAUGCAGCUCUUUAUCAGGAAGGAAUCCCAGCUGUAGUUAACUCACGCUGCAAUGCCAUCAGGCAGCCAAUGAUCUGAGGACAUUUGACUCAUAACUCCGACUUUUGGUUUUGUUGUAACUCCAGAUUCAUUUCCAGUGAUGAACGAUGGCUCAUAAGGCACGGCAGUGCUUCCAGUAAUGAAAGGGAGACCACAGCAGCUGCAUGGAAAGGGAAGCACUCUCCCAAUGACACCAUGUGCUGUUACAUGGCCAGGCUGCAGAUACUUCUUUCAGGCUGAAACAAGGAGAAAGUUGCAUCAAUGGCAGCAGGAUGAUUGGGACCCUCAGGGACCCUGAGUUCUGAAUGAGGCACAUGGAAAAAUGCCUUUUUCUUAAGAUUUCCCCAGUAUGGAAACGAUUUGUGUUUAAAGAGAUGAUGCUUGCAUGAUAAAUACCAGUGAAAUAUGUCCUUGCUCAUGGUGGGGGAUUUGAAACUACACCAUCUUUAAGGUCUCUUACAACCCAAUCCAUCCUAUGAUUCCACAAAUACCAAAUAACUGUAGCAAAAACGUCCAGGUGUUGGUCUGUACCUUGAAAGGGAACGGUGCAGAGCCAUGUCCUUAGCCAGUGUAAUAACUGUACCCUGGCUAGAGGGUGAUAAAUGUGAUGAACUUCAAUGGGACUUCAUCAGCUCACAGCCACUGAAGCUGCGGUUGGUCACAUUUGGAAGCAAAUUGCAUGAAAAUGGUCGCAAUUAAUGUAAAUGGGAGUGAUGUUUUUACAGCAGGCCAGGGCUUUAGCUGUCACAUUAAUGGAACAUUAUGGAGAAAUUGCUCUGGGCUGCUUCAAAAAUGAGCCUGGGGCACUCAUGCUGCGUGGCAGAUGCCAGCCCUGUAGGUCCUGCCCGGUGAGCAGUCUCUAACAGCAGAAUUCUCACCACCAGAGGUGACAGUGCUGAGCAAAGCACUGAGAUCUGCGCUGAGACAGACCAGCACUGCUCAGGGCUGGCUGGCACCGGCUGUCCCAGGAAUGCACUGUAUCACUGGGGUAAUUCCUCUUGCUGCCUGCACAUCCGUUCUCCUCGCUGUCCCACCUGAAGGUUUUCAGGCAGCCUCUCCUCACAGCUACCUCACUCCCACAUGCAGAAUCUCUUUCCCUGAAUAGGAAUGCAAAGGCUCAGGGCCACAAGAGCUUCGGGAGUCACCCCUGGCAGAGACCAGCGUCGUCUCCUGGUGUUUUCCAGGGGUGAAGCUGUGCCAGCAGGCUGGGCUGCAGUCCUGUUGCUGCUCUUGGCACAAGUCGGUGCAGGAGCCCUGGUGCUUCCUUGCUCAGCUCCUCCAGGGUAGGGCAGGGCUGUGCUGGGAGCACAGUGGGAGCAGGAUGGCUGAUGUUCCUUGGGCUGCCAUGGCUUUUAUCAAAGGAGAGCGCUCAGAAAAUCAUUACUCCCGUGGUUUUUUUUAACCUGCUGUUAAAGACGCAUUGAUUCUAGGAAAGUGCUGUUUCCUCCUUGAUGUAAAUCGUAAUGAAUAAUUCUUGGUAAAGGCAAUGGAUCAUCUCCUCUCCGCCUUUGGUUUAUUAAAUAUGUUCCUAUUAAAAGUUAUGAUCUCAUCUGCUUUCACUGUGUGUUAAAACCUGUUUCUACAGCUGUUCACAGAAAUAACCCCCAGCUAGCUCAUAUUUUCCCAUGCCUACCUUAUCCUAUUAUUAUUCUUAUUCUUUUAACAAGAAUAAAAUAAGACUGUGAAAUAGAAUGCAAGAAUGACACAGUACAGCCGAGAUUAAGUGCUGCUCUGCUGAAUUUUGCCAAUGUUGGUUUCCUGGAGGACACUUUAGAGUUGAUUUUCUUGUUCUCUGCCCAUGCUGAUUACAGGGAUGAAACGUUUCUGCAAAUGCUGCUGUGGUUUAUUCUUCCCUGUUGUGUUCUAAUUGGGAUGCAUGCAAGCAGUCCCUCCUGCUUCUGCUUAUCCCACCUGCAAACCCUCUAAAGCAGUGACCCUACUUUUUUUCAGUUCUUCUCCCAGUCCUGCUUGGGCCAAGAGUUGCUGGUCCAGGGAAUGAGCAGGGAGAGAAUGGGGCCGAGAAUCUUACUGCAGAAGGAAUAAAGCCAAAGCCGCAAUGGAGGCUGUGUGCAGGGAGCAGAGAAUCCCCCAACUCCUAAAGCCUGCUGCAGCAGGAGGACGUGGUCCAGGAGCACCCAAACAUUGAUACAAACCUGCUGAUUGAAGCUCUGUGGGCAGGAUGGGAACUCAGGAGAAGCACAGGUUGUUGGUGAGAUGUGCCUGGAGCAAACACAUUGUGCUGGUUUCCUGUACUGCGCAACAUCAGUGGCUUUCUGGAGUGUGUGGCUGGAUGGAUGUCUUCCCAUGGAGACCUUUCCCCCUUUGCCAUCUGGAAGCAUCCUGAUUUACUCUGCCUGGAAAAGAGAAACAGCUCCGAGCAGCUCCACUUGCUGGGGCCUUUUGGGGAACUGAUGUUCAGCAUCCGAAGUUCAUCAUCCAUUCUGUACCUUCAUACCCCUUGUUCUCAUCUACUUUCCUUCCAUGCUGCUCAGGUCCUUCCUCCCAGCCAGAGCUGUGUGUGAAGAUCUGGGUGCAGCUCAGCCUGACUCACUGGGAGGCUGCUGGAUGCACUUUCUGCUAUGUCCUAGAUCCAGCACCGAGUUCUUGGAUAAGUGUGAAAAUCCCAGGCAAACGGGAUUUAAAAGUGGCCCAGGCUAUCAGAUCUGAGCUCACCACUCCAGAAUAGCUCAUCCAAAUACUUCAUGUUUUCAAAGAAGCACCCUGCUGUUCAAAUAGCAGCAAACACUUGGCCAGUCAAAACAGCCAUCUGGGAAAUGAGGCAUGUUUAUGGAGUUUAGAAGCAAACAAUAAAAAAGCACACAGCCUUUGUGCUUUAGUGGGAACUCCAGGUUAACAAGGGACAGGGACUGGGCACAACAAGGUGCUGGGGCACAGAGGGAGGCAGUAGGAAGGGGUGAUGAAUGCAUCCCUGUGCACUGAGCUCAUGAGCUGUCUCUUGUUAGGUUUACUGUUAGUGUGCUGAAUGCUGCUGAUGUGCUCACAUCUGGGUGCACAGGCUAUCACUAAGAACAGAGCCUUCUGCCAUCCCAGAGGAUCAGCUGGGAAUGUUAAUGCUUCUGGCAGCUGUUUCUCAAUGUGACAUGAGGAGCCCAGCACUCCCAAACAGACCAUUCAACACCCCAAAUCCCCAUGGAACAGUGCAUCUGCCUGUUUAGGUACAGUGCCAGGGGAUGGGAAUGGUUUUCUGCCUCGAGAUGCUGCCAUAUCUCCAGGUCUUGUGGGCCCAACCGUGCCUAUGGCUGUGGUCCAGAUCCUGCUGCUCUGCAGGCACCACAGCUCCAAGAACUGCUUGGAUCCUGAUUACAGUUAAACAUCAGCCUUACCUGUGCUAUUAACGGGGUCUUUCCAGGAACUGGGCUGGUUGCCUUCCCAUCUGCAAAACCCUGCAAAGACAAGUCCAUUCCUGGAGCCAGGAGGGACCAAUGGCCAAACUGCCAGCCGCAGCUAUGCAGGUCACAGGUUGGGCUGGAGCAGUGUGAGAUUCCCUGUCCCAAGAGGUUGCAUCACACUUGAAUCACCCAAGCGAGACAAAGAUGUCAUCAUCACCCCUCUGCUGCUCUGUGUAAAGCGAGGUGUGAGAAGAGUGAGUCACUGCCUUAUGCUUGCAGGGGAAAUCAAUGAUGAAAGCAGGAAUCCAGCUCUGGCCUGCAGCCAGGGGUGGUGUUUCAGAGCAGCAGACUUCCUACACUUGGCACUUGGCUCAGCACCCACAUGACUUGCAUGCCAUGGCAGCGUUUUGGAGAAGGCCAGAAUAGGCAGAAGAGGAAGAAAAGCCACAAAACUUAAAAAAAAAACCUACAACGGGUGAUAAAUGAAUGAAAACGUUCCCAUUUUCAUCAAUGGAAUUAUCCCCAGUUUACACAAGAUAAAUUAGAUUUAAGAGCCGUGCCCCUGUUUGUGCCAGGUGAAUGGCCUUGCACAUCAGCAUGUGAGGCAAGUUGUAUUCACACCCCUAUCCAACCACAACAAAGAGGAAAAUUAUUUAUGAGGGCUAUUAACAUAAUUGAUUAGCUGAGGAACAGUUGCCACCAUACAGAAACAACACACACGUGUGUGAUUAGCAUCUUGCAGCUGAGCUCAGCAAGUAUUUGUGUGCCAGUUGUGAGGUAUUCAGACACCUCUGGCUCGUGUUAAUGUGAUUGAUGGAGUGUCUGAGCUGGCACAUAGAGUCAAACAAAACAGUAUGUUGGGUGGUUUUUAAUCUCAGCAAAAUUAGGAAGAUCUUGUGGCUGAUGAGGCAAGCUGUCUACAUCCUCAUGACUAGCCCUUUCUGCUUGCAAAAUGGUAUUACUGUAAAAGAGGGAAGAGAGCACAAGAUACCAGCGUGGUGAACAAGGGAUGGACUGGAAAUAGCUGCUAGGACACAUAAAUCUGCCUCAAGUUCCUCUCCAGCAUGGAGGAAUGAGGCAGGGGUGUCCCUACUGAGCUCAGCACUGAAUUUGGACAAUUUAGAGCACAAAAAUUGAGUGGGAGAGAAAUUGAGAGCUAUAGCACUCCUGCUGCAGGGCUGGCUCAGGGAUGGCAUAAAUUAAUUAAGAGGCUGAACAUAAUUUUUCCAAGAAUCACGGAGUCUUUAAGGUUGGAAAGGACCUCUAGGGUCAUCAAGUCCCACCAUCCAUCUACCAGCAAUGCUGCCCACUGGCCACGUCCUCAGUGCCACAUCUCCACGGUUCUGGAACACCCCAAGGAAGGUUGACUGCACCACCUCCCUGGGCAGCUGUGCCACUCAUCACCACUCUUUUGGAGAAGUUUUCCUAAUAUCCAGCAUGAACUUCCCCUGGUACAGCCUGAGGCCAUCACUCAGAAGAAGUGGCUGUUGGGCAGCAGUGGGAAGCCAGAGGUAAAUAAUUUUUUGCUUACAUCUUCAAAACUGCAUCUGAGCCUUUCUGCAGCCCUUAGAGGAGAGCCAGGAAAGUUAAGCAUCUUUAGAAGAACAACCAUGUGAGCAAACAGCUUGAGCUGCACAGAGCUGCCCUGCGGAGCCCAAGCAGUGCAAGUGCCCUCUGAGCAGAGCACCUGGAUGGUGAUGGAGACACAGCCACGCCAUGCCACGGAGCCAAAACGAGAGCAAAGAAACAAGAACCGGUGACAACAAGUGACUAAUUAGCCCAGGAGGAUGUUGCCUGAGUAAGCAGUCAGUCAUUUCAGGAUUCAGAGCGCCAAAGAGCCCUCUCUCAUGCGGUUAUGUUGAAGGUCACACUGCUGUGAUGUGCUGGGAAUCAGGCCCAAGGCAAGAGCCCAACCUCAGAUCCGCCGUCGCACAGGGCUUGUUGAAUUUCCCCUCUACCCAUUUGGUUAUUUCCUGAUUCAGCUUUGCCCCAUGUACCUAUUCUCUCUGAACUUGCAACCGGAGAAGCGAUGGGAAAUUC